CUCAACCUCCACCAUGUCGCAGCUCUCGUUCAAGGGACACACCGUCGUUGUCACUGGUGCUGGCGGUGGCCUCGGUAAAGCGUACUCGCUCCUCUUUGCCUCCCGCGGCGCGAAUGUCGUCGUGAACGACUUCAACAAGGAUGCAGCGCAGAAGGUUGUGGAUGAGAUUGUGUCUGCUGGUGGAAAGGCUGUCGUGAACAACUCCUCCGUCACGGACGGCGCCGCAGUUAUCAAGACAGCGGUGGACGCAUUUGGCACUGUCACAAUCCUCAUCAACAAUGCGGGUAUCCUCCGGGACAAGGGCUUCAAGAACAUGUCCGACAAGGAGUGGGACCAGAUUAUGGAGGUCCACCUCAAGGGCGCCUACGCGUGCACUAAGGCCGCCUGGCCCAUCUUCCGCAAGCAGAAGUUCGGGCGCAUUGUCAACACAGCGAGUGCAGCGGGCCUGUACGGGAACUUCGGGCAAGCAAACUAUAGCGCGGCGAAGAUGGGCCUCGCUACCUUCACGAAGACCCUUGCGCGUGAGGGUGUGAAGUACAACAUUGGCUCCAUUUGCAUUGCACCGAUGGCUGCUUCCGCCAUGACUGAGACUGUCAUGCCGCCAGAGAUGCUUGCCAACUUGAAGCCUGACUAUGUCGCUCCCUUCGUCGCUGCCGUCUGCCACCCUAACGGCCCGGACGCCUCCGGCCGCAUCUUCGAGGUCGGCGCUGGCUAUGUUACUGAGAUCCGGUGGGAGCGUAGCGCUGGCACCGUCUUUAAGACCGACUCGACGUUCACCCCGUCCGCUGUGAAGGCCAAGUGGAACGAAAUCGUUGACUUCUCGAAGCCGGACUACCCGCAGACGAUGGCGGAUGUCGACAUUAGGUCCAAGCUUGAGAUAGCGGCGAAGCUGCCUGCCAACCCGCAGGCGACGCCGCCCGUCCGCUUCGACAACCAGACGGUCAUCAUCACUGGUGCCGGUGCCGGCCUGGGUCGCGCCUACGCGCUCAUGUACUCCAAGCUGGGCGCCAACGUCGUUGUGAACGAUGUCAGCGAGAAGGGUGCCAAUGCUGUCGUAGAGGAGAUCACGAAGGCCGGCGGCAAGGCAGCACCUGCGGUCUGCUCGGCGGAGGAUGGCGAGGCGAUCGUCAAGGUUGCGCUCGAGAAAUUCGGCGGCGUACACAUCCUCAUCGCGAACGCUGGUAUCCUGCGCGACAAGUCGUUUACUUCGAUGACUGAGCAGGAAUGGGACAUUGUGCUCGCGGUGCACCUGCGCGGGACGUACAAGUGCGCGAAAGCCGUGUGGCCGCACUUCCAGAAGCAGAAGUAUGGGCGCAUCGUAACGACGUGCUCGCAGGUGGGCUUGUACGGAAACUUUGGGCAGGCGAACUACUCGACGGCGAAGGCGGGCAUCAUGGGUUUGACGAAGACGCUGGCGAUUGAGGGCAAGAAAUACAACAUCAUCGCGAACACGAUCGCGCCGUCUGCAGGGACUGCGAUGACCGCGACGAUCUGGCCGCAAGAGAUGGUCGAUGCAUUCAAGCCCGACUUCGUCGCCCCCGUCGUCGGCUACUUGUCGAGCUCUGCGAACGAGGACACCACGGGCAGCGUCUUCGAGAUCUCGGGCGGCUGGGCAGCGCAGACGCGCUGGCAGCGGGCUGGUGGCCAUGGCUUCCCGACGAACAAGCCCUUGCGCCCGGAGGAUAUUGUGGCGAAGUGGAGCGUUAUCGCGAACUUCAACGACGGCCGUGCGCACUAUCCAACGUCGACACAGGAAGCGCUGGAGCAAAUCGUGGCAAACUUUGGGAAUCGCAGCGACGAGCCAAAGGCCAAGCUGUAAACAAACCUAUAUACCUUGCAUCUUGUACCCUGUCCGGAUGUCUGCUCAAUGUAACACUAUCAAUCUCCAUUUCGUUGCAGGCGCACUGGCAUUCA